CAAACCACAACUCCGUGGAUAGUAAUCCGAACACCCGAAAAUGCCAAUCAUCAAUGAACAACCCCCAAAACUCUCGAUUCAAACACUAAAAAAAAACCAAACAAUCAGGACCCUAGAAGGCAGCUGCCAAUGCGGCGGCAUUGAAUUCUCCCUGCAAUCCUCAACCCCAGUUCCCUACCAGCUAUGCGCCUGCAGCAUCUGUCGCAAGGUAGGCGGCUACAGUGGCAGCGUCAAUCUCGGCGGAAUCGCCGACACCUUGAACAUCAAGAAAGGCAAGGAUUUGAUCAAGAAAUAUUCCGCGAUCAAGGCCCGCGGUACCGAACAGGAGGAGGUUUGUUCGUCGGAGCGGAACUUCUGCUCCAACUGUAGUACCAUGCUGUGGCUGUGGGACAAGCAAUGGCCGGAGUUGAUUCAUCCGUUCGCGUCGGCGAUCGACACCGAGUUGCCGGUGCCUGAUGAGAUGGUUUGCAUUAUGGCUGGGUCGAAGCCGACGUGGGCGCGUUGGCCUGAGGGGAAGAAGCAGGUGCACGAGGAAUAUCCGAGUGAUAGUUUGGAAGAGUGGCAUAAGAAGCAUAAUCUCUUCUUCGAAUAGGCAAUAGGGGAGAGACCAAGGAUGACUACGAUUGUGCUGAGUGGAUGACGGUACGCAAUUACAAGAGCAUUCAAGUUUGAUAAAAUAUUCUUCUUUCAUUCAUUAUGAGUAUCUGUGCUGAGAGCGAGCAAAAGUCAUCUAUGAUGAGAUAUUAGCAGCCAUUACAGCAAAUCAUCUCUUACACAAUCAAGUAGAAGGCGUAAAGAUCAGUUCUCCAAGGUGAAUCUUUGUUGUUUCGACAUUGUAGUUCAGUAAGAACACAGCGAAUUUUAAGAAUCAUCAUGCAAGGGCAAGGUGUGGUUGAGGGUAAAUAC